GCGCAGCCGCCCACCUCCCCCUCUUUCGGCCUCCUGCCGGCAGCCCCUACGGAGCCUGCCUGGCACCGGCCACCAGCUGGGAGCCGCCGCAGAGCGCGCGCGUCUGUCGGCUGGAACUGGCGCUUUGGCCGUGCGCAGAGAGGCCCUCGUGCUCCUGGGAGUGGCCGCCCGGCCGCCCGGCCGGCAGACAGAUGGCAGCACAGAGGCUCGUCGCGGCGCCAGGAGGGCCCGCCGCUUGCAGAAGCCAUUAAGCGCCCGUGUGGCCGCCUGCAGCCGUCGCUCGCCCGCCCGCCCGGCUCCAUGACCAUCAGCGCGCUCCGCCCGGGAGGCGCCCCACGCCGCCAGCUGUCGUGCCUCGCCAAGAUGGAACGCGUCGUGGUCGGCAUGCAAGACCCGGAUCUGGGCGUCCCGGUGCGGAAUCAGCGGCUGCUGCUCAGCAUCAUUCCGCACGCCGUGACCGGAAAUGACAUCGUGGAGUGGCUCAUCCAGAAAUACAACAUCUGGGAGGAAGAAUCCUUGCAUCUGGGAAACCUUCUUGUAAAGCAUGGCUACAUCUAUUCUCUGAAGGAUCCUCGCACUCUGGUCUUGCGAAAGGAUGAGACUCCCUACAGGUUCCAGACCCCCUAUUUCUGGAUGAGCACCCAGUGGCUGGCCACCGACCUUGAUUAUGCCAUCUAUUUGGCAAAGAGGAAUAUCCGCAAGCAAGGUGAACUCCAUGAGCUGGAGAAGGAGGACUAUAAGCAACUGUGCAAGAGGAUCAGUCACAUUUGGGACUUCGUGGUGAUGCAGGCCCGGGAGCAGCUCCGGGCAGCUAAACAGCGGAGGAGGGCUGACCGGAUUGUCAUUGAGUGCCAAGAACAGGCCUAUUGGCUGGUCAACAGGCCCUUGGGGGCAGUCUUGGAUGUGAAGGGUCAGAGGCCAGAGCUAAGGAGCCUCUCCCUCACGCCUACGCAUCUGAACAUGGACUACUACAAACAGCAGAUCCGUUAUUACUGUGCUGCCCUGGGCAGGAUGCGUGUCAAGUCCUCCCUUUGCCUGCAAGGAUACCUCAAGUUCAAUGAGCAGUAUAUGUCCCACGACCCCAUUAUCUCUGGCUGCCUCCCAAGCAAUCCCUGGAUCACUGGUGACAUCACAUAUUGGGCCAUGAAUGCUCCCCGGGUCACAAUUCCCACCAAGCUGCGGGUGGAGCGUUGGAGCUUCGGCUUCAGUGAGCUGAUGGGCGACAUGUUGGGCCGAGAGCAACUCCUGGAGUUCCUUAAGACAGAGUUCAGCGCUGAGAACUUGAUGUUCUGGGAGGCCUGUGAAGAGCUACGCCUGGGGGAAGAGGCCCACAUUGCAGAGGCUGUGGACUCCAUCUAUCAGGAGUUUCUAGCGCCCAGUGCCACCCGCUGGGUGAACGUUGACAGCAAGACUAUGGAACACACCUUGAAGGGCAUCAAGACCCCUCACCGCUACGUAAUGGACGAUGCCGAGAUGCACAUCUACAUGCUGAUGAAAAAGGACUCCUACCCACGCUUCCUGAAGUCCGAGCUUUACAAGAAGCUGCUUGCCGAGGCCCUUGUGCCAGAAGAGACCAAGAAGCGGGCAUUCCCAUUCAUGAGGAAGCAGCCACGACACUCCAGCACUGGUCCUGCCUGCCCGCCUGCUCCCAGCACCCAGGAAGUGAGACCUGAAGAGGAGAGCCAGGCGGGCUCCCAGGAGCAGGGCUAAGGGAAUCCUUCCUCUCCCACAAAGCACUCACUCCCUGGAUACUGCAGGCCUCUUGCCCCCACCCAGCAGGCAUCAAGAUGUAGGCCUCUCUGACUCCCCUGGACAAAAUGUUGCCUCUGGCCAUUCUCCUCCUUUGCUGGCUUACCCUUCAGUGCAGCCAAGCCUCUGCCCUCUUUGAGCAAGGCCGUCGGCAUUCCUGCCUCUUUCAUGGAAUAUCCCACCCACAAUAAAGUGCCCUUGUUCACCCAGGCUGCUGUCAUCUCACUGGGUAUGGAGAGGGACCGUCCAGCAUCAGCCAUACCCUCCUCCCCCAUCCCAUCUGCCUGGAGAGUGCGUGUUGCUCUUCCAUUCAUUUGCUUGUUCUCAUGGUGACCAGUGACAUGAUUUUGCCAAGAUUCUGCCCAGCUAGCUCCUGCUUGGCCAUUGGUGAAGAGCACCUAGUGGGUGGACAUGAGGUAUGCGGCUUCCAGGAGCAGCAUGCCCAGUGUUUGUGUGCAGCUUUGAUGGCUAAUUUGCGUAGCAUUAUGCAAGGCCGGAUGAGCUGGAGGAGAUCACGUCCUUCUGCUCCCCUCUGCAUUUAAGCAGAUUAGCCGAGCAGCCUGUUUUCCCAGCUUGCAAAUGGAUGCCAAAUGCCACCCUUACGGGUUUUAUCCAGGUCAAAGGCAACUUGGUCUGAUACUGAAACAAGGCAGUGACCAUUUUCUGUACCUCUUUGAGGAACAUCCGUCCCAGUCACCUUCCGUGGAUGCAUCUGAAAUAUUUGGGACAAUUUCAUAGUUGUUGCUCCUGCCUAAGCAGGGAGACCAGGCUGAAUAUAAUUAAGGUGGAGUGCUGGGAGUUGUGUAUUCCUUAUGGGUGGGAUUCCUCCUAAGGUUAAAUUUUACAAGGAGGCCUAUGCCACUUGGAAUCUUCAGCAGGAAUCUGCCAAAAAGAAGCAGAACUGGCCAUUAUGGCAAAACCUGAAUUUAUAAACCAACAAAAACCCAAUGUGAGAACAUUUCCCUUUAGAAAAAUACAAGUAACACACGAAAGUCUCUCUCCAGCUCUUAAGCUGCAGCUUUGAAGCUAGCUGCAUAUUUUGGGGAAACUGAGUCAGAUUUCUCAGGAUAGAGAUGUCGGCUACAUUAACCGCCUUUGCCCAACUUAAGCCCAAAGAGCACUUGCAAGUAGCAAGGAGAAGGCUAGAUGGAGGCAAAGCGAGUUAAAUUACAGCGGUGAGUCUGGGGUUUUCCCCUAGCAGAGGCCUUUCAGCUAAGCUGGCUUCAAGCAGGGAAGGGGAAUUUCUACAGACAUGCAUUAGAGUUACUUGGCUGGUAACAGCUCUAUUUGCUGACAUGAUUAACUAUGUCAAACAAACAGCCUUCCCUAGUAAAUAACCAUGAGUGGUUAGUUUUAGCCUGAAGCCACGAGAGGCAGGGAAAUGGAUCAAGAGCACAGGCCAAGAAGGAAGCUGGGAAUGCUUAAGCUGCUUCAUCGCCAGGAAAGAUUAUGCUGGGGGUGAAAUAAGUCAAAGGUCCCCGAAAACUACGAAAGCAAGAGUACCUCAUGCAACCAGCAGCAUCACAGAGCAGGUCAGAGCAAAAGGCAGUGCUGGGGGGGGGGGGGGGGCUUCCUUUGUGGGCAAAGAUCCUGAGGACCCACCUGGCUAUCGUGGAGUCUCUCCCAAAAAGGCAUACAAUUUACCAAGGGUAAAUUUACCACAUGUCUGACAGAGAAGAGACAGGAAAGACCUCUAAAGGGAGAGCCCCCUUCCCCUCCUGCCAGGUCCUCAGAACUGGGAAUGACAGGAGCCUCGACGGCUUCCUCAAAAGCCUCACACAGUGGCUGCCUCGACCUCCUGGAUCUGCAUCUAUAUGGGAUGCCAUAGCAAGCCUUCCCUUCUGCUCAGCCCUAACCAGCCUUGCUAGGCAUCACACGGAAACAUGCUGCACAUUCCCCCCCCCCCCCCAAUCAGGAAAUACAGUUGGUCCCC